GGAGCCGGUUUCCCAGACAGCGGCCAGAUGAGCGCCGGGCAGUGAGGGAGGCGAUGGUGUACGCGGCGCUGGUGUCCGCCUUGGCGGGCUGUCUCCUGACUCUCCUCCUGCAGCUUCUCCUGCUGUUCCGCCACCGCCGCCCCGAACCCCUAGCCCGGCCCCCCCCGCCCCGGCCCGUACAGCCCGACGCCUCCCUGCGGGACUACCUGAAGGCAGAGCCGGGGGGGCCGGCGGCGGAGAGUUGCCAGUUCCUAAACACCAUCUUCCUCUUCCUGUUCCGCGAACUCCGGGACACGGCGCUGCUCCGCCGCUGGCUCAGCAAGAAGAUCCGAGUGGAGCUGGAGGAGCUGCUACAGAGCCGCACGGCGGGCCGCCUGCUGGAGGGCCUGAGCCUGAGGGACAUCUCCCUGGGGGAGGCGCUGCCGGUCUUCCGCUCCGUCCGGCUCCUCAGCGCCCCCGGGGAGCCCCUGCCCGACGAGCUGCAGUUCGAGAUGGAGAUGGAGUACAGCGGGGGCUGCCGCCUGGCCAUAGAUGUGGAGCUGGUGUUCGGCAAGUCCGCCUCCCUGUCCGUCCGCCUGGGCCGGGUGAUUGGCCGCCUGCGCCUCGUCUUCUCCCGCCUGCCCUUCCCUCACUGGGCCUUCUGCUUCCUGCCCGACCCCACCAUCGACUUCCACGUACAGUCCCAGUUCGAGGGUCGCCCCAUGCCCCAACUCACCUCCAUCAUCGUCACCCAGCUAAAGAAGGUCAUCAAGCGAAAGCACACCCUGCCCAACUACAAGAUCAGGUACAAACCAUUCUUCCCAAUACAAGUGCAGCCGCCCGAGACGGAUUUGGAGGAGCGCUCCCUCUUCUUACAGGACAUGGGAUUAACCGAGGGGCGCUUGAAGGUCUCUGUGACAGAGUGCAGCAGGCUUCUGGUAUUUGAGCUGAGCCCCACAAGCAAGGUGGAGCUGAUUAAAGGGAAUUCCCCGAGCUUCGGAUUAAUAAUGGUUCAAGCAAGGGACGGAGACACGGGACACGUCUGUGUUGAAUCGGUGACCCCAAAUUCUCCGGCAGCCUCCGUGGAUCUGAAGAAAGGAGAUCGCCUUAUUGCCAUAGGAGGCAUAAAAGUGACCUCCUCAAUUCAAGCUUCGAAGUUAAUCAAGCAAGCCGGUGACAGAACCCUGGUGUUCUACGAGAGGCCCGCUGGUCAGAACCAGUCCGCUGGCAGCUUGCCGGAGAACCUUGGGCAGCUGGAAGACCCGGCAUUCGCUGCCUCCGCCUUUCCCCAAACCUUUGAAGAGGACUCCGUCAGCUUCAUUGUGGAUCCAGAGAACAAAGAGUUGGAUUCGGAGUUUGAGGACCUCGCCAAUGAGGUCAAACCACCCGGAGAGUCCAAAGAGGACUCUGUUUCUGUGACCCAGAGCCCUAAACGCACGGUGGCAACACUUUAUACCAAGCCCUUAGGGUCCGUAUCCCCUAUUCUCAACAGGAAGGCGAAUUUGCCAAGUCACCAAACACCUUCGAAGACCCAACCCAAAGUGAAUAAAACUGCCCCGCCAGAAACCCAAGACUCCACACCGCAAAACAGGGCUUCUCCUGCCAACAAGCCUCCAGUGCCGCCACGGCCUCAAGUAAAGCUGACUCUAACUUCAUGUGAGAAUCCGAGUGCUCCAGAGACGGGAGAAGCCACUGUAGAAAAGCCAGAAAGACCACCGCCGCCAUCGUUAAAUGGAGAUAAACAGCCGGAAAAAAGUGCAAAAACCACCGAGACGGUCGAUGAAGCACCGGUCCAGAAACCCAGUUCUGUUAAACAGGACGUCGCCAAGGAUAAAAUAUCCGAAAGUUCCUGCAGCACAAAAGACAGCGUGGACGAUCCGCACAUCUGGGAGUCGAAGGAGAUACUGUACAGGAACAAGCAAGGGCGUUGGACAAGGUCCUCCUGUCUAUUCGAUGUGGAAAAUUAUCACCGGUAUCUGAACGUCGCCCUGUGGUGCAGAGACUCCUUCAAAACGGGGAGCCUCUGCUGCGUGGGGCACAUCAGUAUCCGACUGGAAGACAUUGCCUUAGAGUGCCUGGCCACCGCCUCGCUGGAGUACCUGACCAGUUUUAAGCUCAACCCCACCGAACCUAGAGCCUCCGUCAGUAGAACUGCAUUGAGAAACCUGAGCAUGCAUAAGGGGUUCAACGAAAAAUAUUGCUACGGGGAUGUCACGUUAAACUUCAAAUAUCUGAUGGAGGGCGAGUCCGAGACGUCUAGCAUGUUGUCAGAAAGAGAGCGGGACGUCGGCUUCCAGGACGACGGUUCCUCGCUGCAGAAGGAGGAGCUUCCCGUCCCCCCGAUGAUAUUUGCUGAGUCCAAACACAACUUCCAAGACACGCAGUUCCAGAACUCCACCUUGUGCGAUUACUGUAAAAGGAAGGUGUGGACCAAGGCCGCUUCCCAGUGUAUAAACUGCGGCUACGUGUGUCAUAAGAAAUGCCAGGAGAAGUGCUUGAACGAAAAUCCUUACUGCGUUGCUUCUGAUAAAAGGGUCGACCCCGAGUCGAAGUCUUUGGGGAACAGAACUACAGGCAUUACCAGGCACAUUAUAAACACUAGUUCCCGCCUCUUGAACCUACGCCAGGCUCCCAAGCUGCGGCAGCCGGAGCAAGGUUGCGAUUUGGUGGAGCCGUCGCCAAAGCACACGCCGAAUACUUCAGACAAUGAAAGUAGCGACACGGAGACAUGUGGGUCAAGUAGUCCAUCAAAAAGAGCGUCCGGCGGCAGCGGGAAAUUGGCUCGCAGAGACGGCGGCCUGGACGAUAGCGUCUUCAUUGCGGUGAAGGAGAUCGGCCGAGACCUUUACAGAGGCUUGCCGACUGAAGAACGGAUACAGAAGCUGGAGUUCAUGUUGGAUAAACUGCAGAACGAGAUCGACCAAGAGCUGGAGCACAAUAACUCCCUGGUGAAGGAAGAGAAAGACGCCACCGAGGCGCGACGGAAAGCCCUCCUAUCUGCCGCCUUGUCCAAAUCCAGCGAGAGGCUUCAGGCCCUGACGUUGCUCAUGAUUCACUACAGAGCCGGCAUCGAGGACAUCGAAUCCCUGGAAAACUCCUCCCUGGCCCAACCUCGGAAAAACGCUAAAUGCGAAGAAGAGGCCGUCGUUGCGGCGGAGGCAGAUAACCACGACGAGGAUGAGGAUGACGUAGGCCAAGCGGAAAGCGAGACUCUCAGCUGCGUAUCUCCAGAGGACAAGCUUCCUGCUUCACUUGAACCCGAGCAGUAGGGGGCGCUACGUGUUCUCUGGGGCGUUCUAACCACUCAUUAUUUGCACUUAAUAAAGGCAUAUCGUGUAGGC